GGGGAGGAAGAAUAAAGCUCAUGAGACAUGACCUCCAUUCAACAGUUUAGUACAGGUUUGUUCUGGAACUUGUCCAGAAAUGUGUUCUGUCAAACAGUCUUGUUCAUCACCUGUGUCAGUCCUUUCCAUAUUUUUCCCAUGAUGCCCAGUUUGCGUUCGGCUUUCUCUGCCACGCGCAGCACCAGCGUUCUGGGUGGCCUUCAGAGUGUCGUGACAUUUGACCGCUUGCUUGUCAAUGUGGGUGGCGACUUCAACCCGGACACAGGUCUCUUUCGUUGCCGGAUCCCUGGCGCUUAUUACUUCACACUGACAGUAGGAAAAUUCCCAAAGAAGUUGCUGUCUGUGAUGCUGGUAAAGAACAAACAGGAAGUACACUCUAUUGCUUAUAAUGAGUACAGGAAUCGAGGCCGGAAGGUGCAGAGCCAAAGUGCCAUGAUUAACCUGUCACCCAUGGACACAGUAUGGCUGCAGGUGCAGCAGAACCCAGACUAUGCCCUUUACAGCAAUGUUGCUCCCUAUAUCACUUUCUCUGGCUAUCUAGUAUACCCAGAGCAUACAUCCUCUAUGGGCUACCUAAACAACCAUAUUGUCCCUGAGUGCCUGUAUUCUGGAGACCCCAGAUAUAGCUGGAGAGAAACCUCUGAGUAUCUCAGGUCUGCAUUUUCAGUUGCCAGGACAUCCUCGUUGUUGGGAAAAAGCAAAAAACACAACAAAAUGGAGGCGCUCACAUUUGAUGUGGAGUAUGUCAACAUUGGUGGCCAUUUCAACAAAUCAGCUGGCCAUUUCACUUGCCGAGUUCCAGGCGUGUACUUCUUUGCAUUCACGGUGGGGAAGCACCCACGGCGUGCUGUCUCAGUCAAAUUAAUGAAAGGAGCAGGCGAGGUGCAGGCCAUGGUGUUUGACGAGGACCCGUCACGAAAAAGAGAGAUGCAGAGCCAGAGUUUAUUAUUAGUACUGAACCAAGGAGACAUAGUUUGGCUUUACAGCCAGCAAGACGAGCGCUAUGCUGUUUACAGCAACCAGGGACGCUACACAACCUUCACAGGGUUUCUUGUGUACCCCGAGUCUGAUUUCAUGAACAAGGAAAGAACUUACCAUUAAAGGCCAGACCUCUUAAAUAAGCCAUUAUUAUAUUUACUAACACAUGUAUGCAUUAUUUACAACUCUGAUUGUUAUUAAUCCACAAUGACUUUAGAUCAUAGUAUUUUCUCUGUGUUCUAUAAAAUUAGUUUAUAGUUUUGUUUGCCACCAUUUAUUUGAAAUGAACUUGUUUUUCUUUGAGGAGAUUGAUGUAAAACAUUUGACAGGUAGACAAGAAUACAGCUUAAAGGGUAAAUAGUAAAACAAUAAGAAACACUUAAAUGUGAAUUUAAGGUGGUGUUUAAAUAAACUGAUCAAUAAAAGUCUUCUGAUGUGUUUAAACAUUUACAGUGAUACAGGACUAGAAUGUCCUUUAGCUUAUAUGGUUUCAGUCUUAAGCUCUUAUAUCAAAGUAUAUCAAAAUUGCCGUACAAUCAGUAGUUGGGAUUUCUGCAUAAAGGCAUUUCCAUCUCUGUCCCAGACUAAAUAGUAGUUGCUAAAAUGUUAACGUUUAAUUUUUACAAAAGUCAUAAUAUUC